CAUCUUAUUGUUAGUCGUAAACCAGCUCUUGCAAAGAUCGUUGCAUUGCUGUAUUUUAUUAAUUCGUUUCAAUUCAUUUUGAUUAACAACAUGUCUGGAUGUGUUCUUCGCUUUGCUAAGCUAUCUCAGAAUGCAAUGUGUCCUACACGAGGUUCGAAACUUGCUGCUGGCUACGAUCUGUACAGUGCCUAUGAUUAUGAAGUUCCAGCCAUGGGCAAGGUAAUAGCCAAAACUGAUAUUCAAAUUCAACUUCCUCAUGGCUGUUAUGGUCGGGUAGCUCCUAGAUCUGGGCUUGCUGCAAACCACCAUAUUGAUAUUGGAGCUGGAGUCAUUGAUCAAGAUUAUAGAGGCAAUGUUGGCGUGGUAAUGUUUAACCACAGCCAAACACCUUUCAAAGUGACUAAAGGUGAUCGUGUGGCUCAACUGAUCUGUGAACGCAUCCUGUACCCAGAUAUUGAAGAAGUGGAGUCCCUAGAUUCCACAGAAAGGGGUGAAGGAGGAUUUGGCUCUACCGGUAAGAACUGAAACUCUUAUUACUCCCAUUGAUGUACAACAUCUGCCAAGUCAAUAAAACUUGUUCACCAAA